ACUAUAUACCUACCCCCUUCUCUCUCUCUCUCUCUCUCUCUCUCUCUCUCUAUAAUUAGCCAUAGCCAUAGCCAUAGCCAAAGCUUCCUCUUCUUCUUCAUAACACAAUCCCUUAAUGCUUAUUAUAUGUAAGUACUCAACUUUUCUCAAUUACUCAUUUCCUAUUCUAAAGUCUUAAUUUUUUUUUUCUGAAUUGGACUAGUAAUCUUGAGAUAUAUAUAUAUGGAAAACCCUAACUAGAAUUUGAAGAAGAAGAAAUUGUAGAGAGAGAGAGAGAGAUAUGGAUAUCAAUUCAGUUGAUCAAGAAUUCGAAAGCCCUAGUUUGAAUAAUGAAGAUCAAAACUCCAUGAAUGUGAACCAGCAGCUGCAGCUGAUGAACCCAACACCACCAGCACCGCCACCACCAGCUGCAGCCGCUGCUGCAGCUUCGGGCUCGGCGGCGGCGCCGUCGUCGUCGAGCAGGUACGAGAACCAGAAGAGGAGGGAUUGGAACACGUUCGGGCAGUACCUGAGGAACCACCGGCCGCCGCUGUCCCUGGCCCGAUGCAGCGGAGCUCACGUGCUGGAAUUUCUCCGUUACUUGGACCAGUUCGGUAAGACCAAAGUCCACACCCACCUCUGCCCCUUCUUUGGCCACCCCAACCCUCCGGCUCCCUGCCCUUGCCCGCUCCGCCAGGCCUGGGGCAGCCUCGACGCCCUCAUAGGCCGGCUCCGGGCAGCUUUCGAGGAGCACGGCGGGAAGCCGGAGGCGAACCCGUUCGGAGCCAGAGCUGUCAGGCUUUACCUGCGUGAGGUUAGGGACUCUCAGUCUAAGGCGAGAGGUGUCAGUUACGAGAAGAAGAAGAAGCGGAAACGGCCACUAGCUCCGCCACCGCCGACGAUUACUACCACUGCUACUGCUACUGCUCAGGCGAAUGAAACGACGUCGUUUGGUGGAGCUGCUGAUGAUGACGAUGAUGAUGGUGCAAGUAUUAGUGCUUCUUCUACCGAUCAUCAUCACCGUCACCAUCAUCAUCAUGAUCAUAUUAUUUGAGUAAGAGUUACACUACUACUUGUUAUUAUUUGAAACUAUCAUUAUUAUUAUAUAUUAUAGAAUCAUGUAGUAAUUGAGUUCAAUUCAAGUCUGAGCUCAUUUCUUUUUUUUUUCCUUUAAUUAUUAUUAAGUUGAUGUUCUUAUUAUAUAAUUAUAUAUAUGAUAAUGAUGAUGAUGAUGAUUAUGGUGAU